AUGGCAUCUUCAACAACUACCUCUGAAUCCAUAGACCACUCCGCUAUUGAUAAUUUGGCAAAAAACCAAGAGUAUGUCCCUACCCCUUUUGCAAUCCAAUCUAUCAAUGCUGGGGAUGACCUUACUUUAGCAUUGCUACAAGUUUUGUCAUUUCAGAAAAUGCAGAACAGCACAGAUGAUACUGACAGACAUAAAUUAGUGUUAUCUGAUGGCAAAUACAUGAAAGAUGGUAGUCAAACACAAAAACAUGUGGUGAAAAUUAAUGAUCUAUCUGGUUCAACAAUUGACAUCAACUUAUGGGGCCCAAUAGCAGAACAAAAGGGCCUGGAAUUGAAAAAUAUGUUGACCAAUGAUAGUGUGGUUAUCCUUGCUUUACGUAAUGCUCGUGUUGGCUAUUUCAAUGGGAAGCUUGUAAACAUAAUAGCUACAACAAUAUUACAUAUCAACCCAAGUUUUCCAAAAGUAGAGCUUCUAACAUUAAGAGGAAAGGACCCUUUGCUUGAUGUACCCUUUGUUGUAGAAACUGUCCACAUAGAUGGCAAAUAUACUAGAAUGACAAUCUCUUCAAUCUGUGAGCGGAUGAGCAUCAAACCAGAAACAAUUCAGACAACAUUGCUAGUUGUUCUACGCUAUGUCAACGUCAAUGACCAAAAUUUCUAUUACACAACUUGCCCACUGAUGGUCAAUGGAAGGCCUUGCAAGAAAAAAUGUACACAGCAAGUUGAUGAUUCUUGGUUCUGCUCUAGAUGUCAAAUGAGUAUGCAAGACUGUAAUUAUAGUUACCUCUUGCCUCUAAAGUUGCAAGAUGCCACAGGUACUCUAUGGGGCACUGCAUUUGAUGAGGGUGGCAAUCACUUGCUACACAAAACUGCAAUACAUCUCUAUGCACUACAAAACGAUGCAACAACAACAGAGACACCUUCCUCAGUGAUCAAGAGAGAACUAUCACAUUACUAUUCAUUCACACUGCUAGUUUCUAUUGAGACAUACAAUUCAGAAUCCAAGAUGAAAGUGACAAUCAAUAAAGUUGCUCCUGUUGACUUCAAAGCUGAGUGCCAUGCACUACUUGCAGAAAUUAGCUGCCUAAGUACAGAGACUUAG